GGCCAAUGAGAGGCCCGAUGGUCACAGCCAAUUUGUUUGCAGGCUGGCUUAGCUAACGAGCUGCACACUUUCCACCAAAGGGACACGACUCGACUAGGUUGGCUUGUGACUAAUUCGCGCGCAGUACAAGGUGUGAAUUUGACAAUGUCCGUGGUUGAAAAGUCAACAUUUCGGCGCAAUUUUCAACGCUGGGUCCAAAUGAACUAUGGUGAAAAUAGCCGUACCAAGACUAUAACCCGUACCAAGUACAACAAAAUUUGUAGAUAUUUACUUGGCGAACCACUCAUCGAAACCGACGCGAAAUUCCGAUUUUGGGUUAAAUCUAAAGGGUUUCGAAUCGUGCAGUCCGAAGACAUGUCUCUCUAUGGCACCCUGUAUGUUCCGGUCAAAGUUCCACACACAAGGAGUAUGGAUGCCAUGUACCCGUAUGAGGAAUCGAUGGGACCACGAACGCAGGUUCUGGAGUACAGAAGAGUGGCUGUAGCAGACGAUUUUUUCGAUAUCAUAAGUAGUGUUCACAUCAAUGACAGAGGGAUUCACGUAGGACAGAAGAAGACCUAUCGCGCGGUUGCCAAUACAUAUGCAUUCCUCCCUCGAGAGGCUGUAUCGUACUACUUGAUGAGUUGCAGUACAUGUAAACUAAGGAUACAAAGAUGUAAUUCUAUUCUACUGAAGCAUGGCAGACCUGUGACUCCAACAUCUGAUCUGGAAUCAUCAGAUGCAGAAGCUUCUAUCUCCAGCCAUGAUUCGGAUGAUGAGAGCUACAGUGUACGGAAGUUGAAGAAAGAGCCACAGGAAGGCUUAUUUGAAGAAAACGGAGCAAGAAAUGGAAUGAUAUCUAGUCAAAGGGAUACAGCAGAAACAUCACUGAAUGGUAGUCAGGGUCACUCUUUAAAAGAAGGAUCUGAAGAUGGUGCACUCGGGCGAGGGUUACCCCCUGGGUACCAGACCUAUUCCUCGGACCACAAACAGGAGGUAAUCAAUUAUGCAAAGGAAACCACCGUCAGAGAAGCAGCUCGUAAAUACUGUGUUCCUCGUUCGACUGUGCAGGUCUGGUGCAAACAUGGCACAGGAGUGAAAAAAGAGAAGAGAUCUCCGCUCAGUGGAGGGCGUCGCUUGAGUUACUCCAGUGAAACAGAUGAUAAAUUAUUACAAUGGGUGAUAAAAGAGCAAGAAAAUGGAACCCCUGUCACUAAAGAUGCUAUUCAGCUACAAGCAAGGAGCCUGGUUAGAGAUGAGUGUCCAGAUUUCAAGGCUUCUAGUGGGUGGGUGGAAAAAUUCAUGAGCCGUCACAAUCUUGCUGUUGCAACAACCAUGUCUUCCACUAACACUAAUGCCAUUCCAAUUUCUUAUGUCGUGGCAUCCCCGGCAUCAGCUCCCAGUCCAGUGGGAGGUAACCACAGCUCUUACAGCCCCAGAGGUGAUGGGCGAAGCUUCACUAGUGAGGACACGAGGAGUGAUAGUGGACGGAGUGAGGAGGAAGAUGAUAUGGAUGAUGGUUCAGCUUCUCUUGAAAAUAUGGCGGCUCCUAUCAGCCAAUCAGUUAUCAGGGAGCCUCCAAAUCUUAAUGAAAUUCUCAAAACAUCUGGAUUAAGUGGUUCGGCAUCUUCUGGUCUUAAGGAUGAUGAUGAUGAUGACGGAGAGGGUGAUGAUGCUGAUGGUGAUGCUGAAAGAGGUGAAUCUGGAGCAGUAAACCCUGAAAGACUCAAAGCAUUUAAUAUGUUUGUCAGACUUUUUGUUGAUGAGAACUUGGACAGACUUGUUCCAAUCUCUAAGCAGCCCAAAGAAAAAAUCUUAGCCAUCAUCCAGUCAUGCCAGAGACAGUUUCCAGAGUUCCGUGACAGAGCAAGAAAGAGAAUACGAACUUAUUUGAAAUCCUGCCGAAGACUUAAAAAGUUAAAAGAGCCUUUAAAGCGAACUGCCGAUCAAAUGAGCACAAAUCCCAAUAUGUCUGCAGCUCAGAUGGCUGAAGUCAAUAAUAUUCUAGCUUCUGCUUGUGCCAGUGAAGUUGAAAACUCCAAGCGUCCUCGUUUAGAGACAGAUUCCCCAGCUACUCCACCAGUAACUACCACAAACAUGACUGCAACUUGUAUGUCUGUUACAUCACCAGCAAUCAAAUCUCGCUCAAGCACCCAGUGCCAACUAAGCCCAAGUGAAAUCCAAGCCAUACGACACCUAAUACAAGGUUACAGAGAGUCUGCAGCAUUCCUUUAUCGGUCUGCUGAUGAACUUGAACAGCUGUUACCUCCUCCUUAGAUGGUCAACCAUCUGUUUUGUUGUAAAACUGGCGAAUUACAAAGCUGUGCAUUGGUGGAUACUACUAAAAUAGAGCCAGACAGGUGAGAGAUAGCAAGCCAAUAGUUAUCAAUCUUGGGAAUGAAUAUAAAAGUGGUCGCUUCGAGUUGGCGAAUCAACAAGGCUACUCCAAGAUACAACAAAGUCAAUCCCCGAGUAAAUAAAUCACUAACAACAUUAAGAUUUUUGGUUUAGAAAAUCAAUCAAUUCCCAUUCAUUUUGUAAUAAAAAUAUUUAAAAUUUUAAUUUAUUUACAUUCAGUUCGAGAAAUUUUUUCACCCCAUUAGAAUAGCAAUAGAAUAAUAAUCAUAUAAUUUUCAAAGCAAGUCUACAGUAGUUCUAAGAGAUGUACAGCACUUAAUAUGGCUUAGAUAUUUGACCCAAAAAACGUUUGGAAUGUUUCAAGCAAAGACUUGAAUAUUUUGGAGUGUCUUUGUUUUGUUUUGUUCAGUUUUACAGAAAGAAUCCCAAAUGUGUAACCACUUUUAAUGCUUUUAUACAAGGAUAUUUGCUUGCAAAAUGAAAUAUAGAAGUAUGCUUGGGCAUAAAAGUAUUUCGAAUGCAUAAAAUGUGGUCACAGGUUUUGGAUUUGAUCUGUACAUAGUAUUCUGGAGAUCAAACCAGGAAAAAGCUAAAGUUAUAUAUAUAUAUUAGAUAAAUAUUAUUUAUGACAUAAAAUAAGGUUGGCCCAAGAGGAUUCAUGAUUAGCAUACACAUAUUUGUUUAUAGAAAUUACUCCAUUCAUUCCAGUUAUAUCUGUUAAAAUAGCUAAAUAAUUUUAAAUUUAAGGUACAUCACAAUUAUUAUACCACCUUCGCGUACCAUUAAAAACAGGGUAUUGCAUGGGUUUAUUAAAUCAGAUUCUAAAUUGAUGUGAAUGGAGCAUGCAAACAUUUCAUGACGAAGAUUAAGCACCUAAAAUUGUAAUGGUAGGCAAUGGAUAAUAUUAAUUAGCUUUGCAUUUCUUGAGAGAUUUACAUAACUUAGUAACUGACUAAGACAUUUCGGUGCUUGCAAAUUUUUAUAUCAGUAAGAAAGAAAGUAAGAACUGGAAAAUGAACUUUAGUAUGACCUACUUGUCCAGCUUUUUUUUUCGUACAUGCCAAGUAGAAGGAAAAGUUUUUAGAAGUAUGUCUAAACUUUUUCAUUGAUUUUUGUCUUGUAUACCUUUUUCAAAGGCUGUUUGCAGACUGCUUCUAGUAUGUUCUUUCUUCUUUCUCAUAAGAAUAUUAGGAAUUGCAAGUUUGCAAGGGAUUCUGGUAGUUGUAGUAUGACACAAUAAUGCAAACAAUAUUAACCUGUGAAAUAGGUAUAAGUCGAAUUCCUGAUCCACAGUUCCAUUUUCUUGUCUUCAUUUGACUAUUAACAUUCACUUUCAGACAUAGUUAGACAAGUCGAAAUAGGUAUCACCCCAAAAAUUUCAUAUCAUUACAUCCUCUUUCCAACCUUGUACACAAUCACUAAUGCUGAAUAUUUCUACAGAAAAUAUUCAAAUUCUCUGAACUCUGCUCUAUCAGGUCACAUGACCAAACCCCCCCCUUAAACUGAAAAUAGUUAUCAAAAUGAACCCUUGAAAUAGAAGUUUUUUUUCUUUUUUCUAUUUUAAGGGCUGUGUCACGUGACCUAUUGGAGCAAUUGGCCUUUUUUUUUAUUUACUUAUAGAGUACAUCUUUUUUUUAGUAUAAAAUAGUUUCAGCAAGUUUUUUCAUUAACAGUUACGAUUAAGUUUUCCAAAUAUUACCUGCGUUUUAUGAAUCCCAUUUGCUUGCCGUAGGCCGUUAAAAUUUGGCUUGAAUUUAACGGUUUCGUAUUUGAUUGCCAACGUUUUCUUAACUUUUCACUUUUUGAAGUGAGUUAAACAAAUUGUAGUUCAGAGGAAUUCUCAAUUUAGUCAUUACCAGGUUCAGAGAUGUUCCAAAUAUUCCAGUUUAAAAUCAUUAGUUAUGAGAUUUUUGUAUAGAAAAUCGUUUUUGCAGAGGUUCCAAUUUCACGAAAGAAAAAGUUGAAAUCUCUGUCUGUAGUAAAGAUUAAGAGUAAUAAUUUAUGUUUUAUAAAUUAUAUCACCGUUUGGGAUGUGUAAAGUUAGUGUAUAGAAUGCCCUUGAUGGCUUAAAAGACACUCGAAUAAAGUUUUAGAUAGUGAUGGC